GGACGCCCGGGCGAUGUGUGUGAUACCACUGAUAGCCAGUGAUACGCUUACGUGCAGGGAAUAAAUGCUACAUCUCUCGAGGAUCUGAGCAGUCGUCCUGGGCGCGUACGCCAGGGUCUGCCGAUUGUCGGGUCUGCCCAGCGGUGCGGUAAGUGCGCGUGCAAUCCGCCCGAAUUCGCCUCAAAGCCUGCCGCAAACAUACACCCUUUCCUGAUUCCACCGCCCACCCGCUAUUUGAUCUGCCCCGCUGCCCGCUCGCGAGAGUGCGAGCUCGUCGCUGCUGGAGUUGCUUCCGCGCGCGCACAUUUGAUCCCACCCAUCAGCAACCAUGUACGCCGCCCGCCCAACUCCGACUCCGACUAUGUACCACGCCCCGCACACCGUCCCCGUCGCUGGUAGCACAAGUCUCGCGUACGCCCUGCAAGCACAAGGACCUGCACAGCGCACAGCGAGCGAUCGUCGACCAGGAAAUACAAAUGGCACGUACCCUGCCACCCACGCAGGGCUGGACGCUCGGUCUUGGCCUCACAUCCAGAAUCCCGAUUACGGUAUUUCGUAUGCGUCCCACGGUAGCGGCGUGGAUGGAAUCCAACGGUGCGUCGCGAAGCGUUCUGGCUGCGUUGUGGGGCAGUCGUCGUAAAUGUGAGAUCGCUCACCCGCCUGAUACGGCAUCUAGCUCGCCCUUCGCGAGCGGCGAAGCGGGCCAUGGGCCAGUGCCUGUGACGAGCUACCCAGCACCACACGGAGUGUAUCAUCAUGGCACCCAGCACGAGCACCCAGCCAUGGCGCCGGGCGGGCAGGUGCACUCGGCGGCUUCCCAUGCUUACGCCACGCCGCAUGGCGAUCAUCCUCGGUCAGUACCUACCAACGUCAAGCAGGAGAUCAAAGAGGAAGACAUGGACUGGCUGAGCUCGACCAGUGAGCGGCCCGUCUUUCGUGCGCCACUGACUCCGGAGUACAACGAAGACAACGGCCACCCGUUGAGUACAUACGGGCCGUGUGGCCAGGAGGCGGAUGCCGUACCGUUUGUCAAGACCGAGCCUGCAUACGACUCCUAUUCCUCUUAUCAGGGCGCCGGCGCGUCCGGUGGUUGUGACUACACUGACGAUAACCUCGGGCUUAACGAGGAUGAGUACGAGUAUGUUCCCAGUGACACGGCUAUCGGCUUUGCACCUACUCCGUACAUGGCUGAGGACGGAUCGCAUGUACGUACGCAGCCGUAUGCGUACUACGCUUCGCCCCCGCAGUCGCCCGACGAGGACCCGUACGAGCAAGACUACUACGUAGCCACGCCGCCCAGGCCGAUCCACAACACUCGCUCCUACACACUCGAGAACGCCAUGAUACCGGUUACUCCCGUCAAGAAGUCCCCUGAGCCACCCACGCCGACGGUCCCCUCGCAUCGAGGCCGCCCCAUCAUGGACCACCUCCCCUUCCCGGGAGACGUUACGGCGAACGCAACUCAGACUCCUGCCAGUCAGACUGUUCAAGCUGUGACUGCACCAUCGAACGUGCAGCCUGCUAGCCCCAUGUCGCAGAAAGCCAGUGGUGCUCAGAAAGCAUCGAGCUCGCACGGACAGCCGAUCCGACGCGGGCGCGGCCGACCCAAGAAGCCUCCUCUGCCCAGUCGUUCCUCCCCGCCUCUGCCAGUCAACUACCCUUACCCAUCGUUUGACGCGCCCGUGCAGCCCCCGCCCGCCCCCGGGUACGACGUUCGACCGCAGCGGCGCUGGAUGGACUCGCUGACGCCACCUGAAUCUUCGGACGCGCCCGCCGACGCACAUCUGCAGCCGCAGGUGUCGCUCGACGAGAUCCCGUUCCCAGAAGGCGCGGAGCACCCGGGCCAGCAGAUGUUCAAACUCACAUCCCCCGGCGCCGCGAAGGAUCCCGUCAAGAAGAAGCCUAUCAUGGCCUGCCUGUUCUGCCGCGAACGCAAGAUCGCGUGCGGGCCCCCUGUCGCGGGCGCUGCGGAGCAGCGAUGCAACCAAUGCGCACGUCGCGACCUCGUGUGCGAGUAUCCGAAGGAGUCGCGUCGAGGCAUGCACAAGCGCUUUCCGCGCGCCAACAAGGCGAAGGAGCAAACCGAGGGCGCGGAAGGAGACGCAGCGAGCUCGGAGUCUGGCAUGGACGCAGACGUCCAGAUGGGCGAGGUGGAUGCACCUCUCCUGCCGUCGCCACCUGCGAGACUACCCACUGCCGACGUGCGCCGACGCUCUGGGAAGGACCGCCAGCGCUCGAACACUGUGGGUGUGGCCAGGGACCAGAGGAAGGCGGCGCAGCGCAAGGCGGGUACUUCCUUGAUGGAGGCGUCGGCCGCCGGCACUAGUCUGUGACUGAUCGCGGCGGUCCUCGGGCUCUCUCGUACCUUGACGGCCAUGUCCAGGGGUACAUGUAACAUCCGUACGCGCGCGAGAUACUUCCUGUCAUCUGGUGCUUCGGUGGCUUACUUCUUGUCUUCGUUUCUCGUACAUACAUGAAUACGGUCCGUCUGUCCUAUCUCGUCGCUUUCAUUGCUAUUCCGCUGUCGUCGCU